AUUUGUGAUUUGACGGACGCACAUGUUUUGUGAAAAUGUCUGCAAUUAACGAGGAAUUAAUUGCAGCAAUAUUUAAAAAACCCUGUUUAUGGGACCAGCAAAACAAACUCUUCCACAAUAGGCAAAUAAAUAACCGAAAUUGGAACGAAAUUUCAAACGAAUUGAAUGUUGAUGCUAUGGUUUUGAAAAAAAAAAAAUGGAAACAAUUGAGGGACACGUUUCGAGCUGAAUUAAGGAAAUGUCCACCGGACCGGUCAGGCGACGCUGGACCUCAUUCAGUCAACGAGAAGUGUUCUCAAUGGAGUCAUUUCGAAUCUAUGAUGUUUAUAAAGGACCAGAUAAAGUGCCGCCAGUCUUCCGGAAAUUUAAGUCGCCAAAAAAACAAUGAAGUACAAGAUAUGAACAUUAAUAUUGACGAAGAUGUUAAUAAUGUAGAUAUAGAGGCGCCGCAAUAUGAGGAAAAUGAGUACGUUUGA